AUGGAGGAUAACCUCAAGUUCCGCCCCUCGGUGAAGGAAAAGGUCCUGGGUAUAUUCAAAGCCAAGGAGGAACCGAAGAGGCCACACCUGGAACCGCAUCAGUACGAGUCCGGGCUCGAGGUCGUCCACCCGCUCCCGUGGAACCCCAACGACGUCCCGCUGCCCGAGGUCUCGCCGUACCCUCACCUCGACGCCAGGACGCUGUCGACGCCGCAGGUCGCCGACGACCCGGCGUCGUGGCACCACUACCACCUGAAGAAGAACCCGGGCCUCGAGGUCGCCGCCGCCGGCCCGACGUCGUCGUCGUCCGUCAUGAGCCCCGGCGGGUACAGCAGCACGCUGUACGGGGGCAGCCAGGACGGGACGCAGCAGCUGCACCCGGCGGGGUAUCACCGGCCGACGACGUCCGAGUCCAAGUCGGUCGACGGGUUCGGGAUGGGGCCGAGGGUGUGCGGGAUGCGGCGCAAGGUGUUUUACAUCGUGAUGGCGGUCGCCAUCAUCUUCGUCGUCGCGGCGAUCGCCAUCGGUCUCGGGGCCGGCUUGGCGUUCGGGCGGAAGCCGGCCGGGGACAAGUCGAGCGGGUCAGGGAGUCUCCCGUCAGGAGUUGAAUCAACAAAGACGGCCAACAUCUCGUGCCCGGCUUCUGACAAUUCGACCUUCUCGGCGCAGGCGGAGCCGGACCGCCUGUUCCGCUUGAUAUGCGGCCACGACUACAACAGCGAAGACGGCGCCAUCGAUCUGACGUCGGAGAACGCGACGACCAUGGCGAAUUGCAUCGAUCGCUGUGCCAACCGGACGGAGUGCGUCGGGGCCGGCUGGGGUGAUUACUACGGGAACCACGUGUGUUGGAUGAAGAGCCGCCUAGGGAAACCCAACGUCUCUGGGAACUGGCUCUUCGCCGUCGAUCUCAACGGUACCGAUGCUUCAAAAUUACCGUGA